UUCUUUAAUUCAGGUGCAUCAAAGUUCCCAGUUGCUUUAAGAGUUUGGUGGGGGUUUUUCUUCUCUAUCUCUUGUUAUUCCCUUGCUGUGGACUUUGUUUAUUACAAAAAGCACCGAGCUUUACCAGUCCAAUUUUGGUUGUCUGACAUAGUUUGUAGUAUUUCUGGGUUGUUCUUCUGUUUUUUGGGGUUUUUAGGUAAGAAUGAAGGUGGAAAUGCCAUUCUUCAAGAAGCCCUUUUGCAUGGUAGUGCUAGUAAUGGUAUAGAGUCCAAUAAGUCUGGCGGGGGUGAAACUGUGACCCCUUAUUCCAGUGCUAGUUUCUUUUGUGUCCUUACUUUCUCUUGGAUGGGUAAUUUGAUUGCUGCCGGCUCCAAAAAAACGUUGGACCUCGAGGAUGUUCCUCAGCUUGCCAGUAUUGAUAGUGUCAGGUCGGCUUUUCCAAUUUUGAGAAAUAAGGUAGAAUCGGAUUGCGAGAGUAGUAGUAAAGUGACAACAUUUGUGCUGGUGAAGGCUUUGAUUUUCACGGUAUGGAAGGAAAUUUUAUUAUCAGCUUUUCUUGCGCUUGCUUACACAUUGGCUACUUAUGUCGGCCCCUACCUCAUUGAUACUUUCGUUCAAUACAUUAAUGGUCGUCGCGAAUUCAAAAACGAAGGUUAUCUUUUGGUUUCUACAUUCUUCAUUGCAAAGCUAGUUGAGUGUCUUGCACAGAGGCACUGGUUUUUUAAGUCCCAACAGGCUGGAUUUAGAGCCAGGGCUGCAUUGGUUGCCAUGAUCUACAAUAAGGGUUUGACCCUUUCAUGUCAAUCAAAGCAGAGUCACACUAGUGGGGAGAUCAUCAAUUUCAUGACAGUUGAUGCGGAGAGAAUUGGUGACUUCGGUUGGUAUAUGCAUGAUCCUUGGAUGGUGCUCUUACAAGUUGCUUUGGCAAUGGCAAUCUUAUACAAAAAUCUUGGGCUUGCUUCAAUUGCUACAUUUGUUGCUACUGUGCUAGUGAUGUCGGCAAACUUUCCUUUGGGAAAGUUGCAGGAGAAAUUUCAGGAAGAACUAAUGGCAUCUAAAGAUCGAAGGAUGAAGUCCACGUCCGAAAUUUUGAGGAACAUGAGGAUUCUCAAGCUUCAGGGUUGGGAGAUGAAGUUCUUGUCAAAAAUUGUCGAGCUCAGGAACACGGAGGCAGGAUGGUUGAGAAGAUACGUGUACACUACCGCCAUGACCUCUUUUGUUUUUUGGGUCGCCCCAACAUUUGUGUCUGUGGCCACGUUUGGUGCUUGUAUGCUUAUGGGAAUCCCACUGGAAUCAGGGAAGAUAUUGUCUGCACUUGCAACAUUUAGAAUACUUCAAGAGCCUAUUUAUAAUCUUCCUGAUACAAUUUCAAUGAUUGCUCAGACCAAAGUUUCCCUUGACCGAAUUGCUUCAUUCCUCCGUCUUCAUGACCUGCAGCCGGAUGUUAUACAGGUGCUGCCGAGAGGUACAUCUGACAGAGCCAUAGAGAUAGUUGAUGGGAAUUUUGCUUGGGAUGUGUCUUCUCCUACUUCAACUCUCAAAGAUAUAAAUCUCAUGGUGUCUCGUGGCAUGAGGGUUGCUGUUUGCGGUACCGUUGGUUCAGGCAAGUCGAGCUUAAUCUCUUCUAUCUUGGGAGAAAUGCCCAAAAUAUCAGGAGCUAUUAUGCUAAGUGGAACAAAGGCUUACGUUGCUCAGUCACCCUGGAUACAGAGUGGGACGAUUGAGGAAAAUAUACUUUUUGGUAAGGAAAUGGACAGAGAGCAGUAUGAGAAGGUUCUUGAAGCGUGUUCCUUAAAGAAAGACCUGGAAAUUCUCUCCUUCGGUGAUCAGACGGUUAUAGGUGAGAGAGGAAUCAAUUUGAGUGGUGGACAGAAACAGAGAAUACAGAUUGCGCGUGCCUUGUACCAAGAUGCUGAUAUCUAUCUUUUUGAUGAUCCAUUUAGUGCGGUGGAUGCUCAUACAGGGUCCCAUCUUUUCAAGGUCAUGAAAAAUGGGAGAAUUUCGCAAGCUGGAAAAUAUGAAGACAUUCUAAAUUCAGGAAGCGACUUUAUGGAACUUGUGGGUGCCCAUAAGGAAGCUUUAUUGGUGCUUGAUUCUGUAGAAACACGUUCAGGCUCAGGAAAAUCAAAUAUCAGCGAGGAAGUUGAUGGUAUUGGGGAGGCUAAGAGGGUUCUCAAGGAUGAGAAAACUGCAGUUGGUCAAAAUGGCAAAGCAGAUGAUGUUGGGGGGCCAAAAGGUCAGCUUGUUCAAGAAGAAGAAAGAGAGAAAGGUAAAGUUGGUUUUUCAGUCUACUGGAAAUAUAUCACAACUGCGUAUGGAGGAGCACUUGUGCCCUUUAUAUUGUUGGCACAAGUUUUGUUUCAGCUACUUCAAAUUGGAAGCAAUUACUGGAUGGCAUGGGCAACUCCGGUCUCCAGCAAUGUACCGGCUCCUGUUGGAGGCUCUACUCUUCUAGUUGUCUAUGUAGCUUUGGCAAUCGGAAGUUCUUUUUGCAUCCUUUCGAGGGCCUUACUUCUUGUAACGGCCGGGUACAAGAUUGCCACAAUACUGUUCAAUAAAAUGCAUUUCUGCCUUUUUCGUGCCCCUAUGUCUUUCUUUGAUGCCACCCCUAGCGGACGAAUUCUGAACAGAGCAUCUACGGACCAAAGUGCACUGGAUUUGAUCAUUCCAUCUCAAGUUUCUGCUUUUGCCUUCUCAAUCAUACAACUUCUGGGAAUUAUUGCAGUAAUGUCGCAGGUUGCUUGGCAGGUCUUCAUCAUUUUUAUUCCUGUCAUUGCAAUUUGCAUCUGGUUACAGCAAUAUUACAUAUCUUCAGCACGAGAAUUGGCACGGUUAAUUGGAGUAUGCAAAGCUCCAGUUAUACAACAUUUUGCUGAAACAAUCUCAGGAUCAACUACAAUUAGAAGUUUUGAUCAGGAAUCUAGAUUCCGGGACACAAAUAUGAAAUUGAUAGAUGGGUAUUCUCGCCCAACAUUUCACAGUUCUGGUGCAAUGGAGUGGCUAUGCAUUCGCUUGGAUAUGUUGUCUUUAAUUACAUUUACCUCUUCCUUGGUUUUUUUGAUCUCUGUUCCGGAGGGAACAAUUGAUUCGAGUGUUGCGGGAUUAGCAGUAACAUAUGGGCUUAAUCUUAACAUGUUACAAGCUUGGGUCAUAUGGAAUCUUUGUUCUAUGGAGAAUAAAAUUAUAUCAGUUGAAAGAAUACUUCAAUACACUUCUCUCCCUAGUGAGCCUCCUCUUGUUAUAGAAUCAAACGGGCCAGAGGCAGACGGUCACUGGCCAUCACAAGGUGAAGUUGACAUUCGUGAUCUCAAGGUGCGAUAUGCCCCACACAUGCCACUUGUGUUAAGAGGCCUCACAUGCACUUUCUCUGGAGGAAAGAAGACUGGCAUUGUAGGAAGGACGGGCAGUGGUAAAUCAACACUUAUACAGACACUCUUCCGUAUUGUUGAACCCGAUGGUGGACACAUUUUUAUAGAUGAUAUCAACAUCUCUUUGAUCGGGCUGCAUGAUUUAAGAUCUAGAUUGAGUAUAAUUCCACAGGAUCCAACCAUGUUUGAGGGGACGAUAAGAGGAAACCUGGAUCCGCUGGAAGAGCAUACGGACGAACAGAUUUGGGAGGCUCUCGAUAAGUGUCAGCUUGGAGACGAGGUUAGGAAGAAGGAAGGCAAACUUGAUUCAGCAGUUAAUGAGAAUGGAGAUAAUUGGAGUGUGGGUCAAAGACAGCUGGUCUGUCUUGGCCGUGUGUUACUCAAGAAAAGCAAGGUUUUGGUGCUUGACGAGGCUACAGCAUCAGUUGAUGCAGCAACUGAUAAUCUGAUUCAGCAAACCUUGAGGCAACACUUCUCCGACUCCACAGUCAUAACAAUUGCACAUAGAAUAACAUCUGUGCUCGACAGUGACAUGGUCCUACUAUUAGAUCAUGGAUUAAUCGAGGAAUAUGAUACUCCAACCAAGUUGCUGGAAAACAAGUCAUCUUCGUUUGCUAGGCUCGCAGCAGAGUAUAGCAUGAGAUCAAAUUCUAGUUUCGAGACUUAG